GCAGACUUCCUGUAGGAGCUCAAAAUGAGCUGUGUUGUGGAUUUAUUUUUUAAAGGAGUUAGUGCUUCAUGCUUUCAUAAUGCGGCUUCAUAAAUUCAUCUUAUAAAUACAAAAUGGCUUAUGUGCCCCUUUCAGUGGUGGGAGGCUGAAGUCCAAUUUCUUAGUUUGCAGCUGGGAUCAUCAUCUCUCCUGUGUUUUUACAGAAUUUAACAUAACCUGAGCUCAGUCCAGUGGCUGCCCAAAGGCCCUGCUUCAGCAGAUGUGCCCGACAGGAGCAGUGGUGCUUGAUUAUGUCAGAUUUCACACUGUUGGCCCACAAUACAAGACAUGCCUUUGACCUCUGGUACCCACAUUUAGGUAAGAUUUGUGAAAAUAGUGAGAACUGUACUGUUAUGUGCUUGGCUGAACAAUUUGCUCAUUUCUGUGUGAUUUUGUGGCACUUUGCCCACCACAGACCUGCUCACAGGCGGGCACUAUGCUGGAGUGGGAAUGGAACAAGGAGAGCUUCUGCAGAGACAACCGUGACUUGUCAUGACUUGUUGCAGCUGUGGCUGAGGGCUUCGUCCCAGCUGGAGACCCAGGGAGGACUCGGCAAUGUCAGCCAGAGCAUGCUCCAGCUGGCCAGUAGUGAAAAAGAUGCUUGCUCUGAUGCCUCUUCUCUGUCAGGGUGAUAACUUUACAGAAAAUGCUGCAUUCUCUCUGGGUCACAUGAGAAGCCUCUUUGGCAUGAGCUUGUGAGAGCUGCUGUGGGCAGCAGAAGGUUGCCCAGUUGUUUGCCUUACUUCCAGCUGUGGAUGCUGUACACCUACAACAGGCAAUUGCACCUUCAGCUGAGACUUGAGGAAUCUUUGUCACGGGAAGAAAAGCACAGAAGGUGAUACGCCUCUGGUCACCUGGUGAUUUACAAGGUCUCUUUCUUCUCUCAUUAUCAUUUCAGGGCAUGGAAGAGGGGAAGAAAGAGGCUACUCUAACUGAGGAGCUACCAUGUGUUUCUAGCCUUAAGGCUGAGAGGAAGUGCCAUCACUCGAAGCAAAACCAAACUCAUCCUUCACUGCCUCUCCCAGUGCUUUCUCUCCCACAGUUUUUAAUAAGCGACCGUGACAGAGACCCGCAGUGUAACCUGCAUUGCUCCAGGUCCCAGUCCAAGCCCCUGUGUGCCUCUGACGGCAGAACGUACGAGUCCAUGUGCGACUACCAGAGAGCCAAGUGCCGUGAGCCGGGUCUGAGCGUGACACAUCGUGGCCGGUGCAAAGAUGCUGGCCAAAGCAAGUGUCGAUUAGAAAGAGCUCAAGCACUGGAACAGGCAAAGAAGCCUCAGGAAGCAGUCUUCAUCCCAGAGUGCAAUGAGGAUGGAUCUUUCAUGCAGGUGCAGUGCCAUACCUACACUGGAUACUGCUGGUGUGUGACACCUGAUGGCAAGCCUAUUAGCGGCUCUUCUGUACAGAACAAAACUCCUGUAUGUUCAGGUUCAGUAACUGAUAAACCAUCAAGCCAGGGUAAUUCGGGAAGGAAAGUUUCUUUUCGAUUCUUUCUAACCCUCAAUUCAGAUGAUGGUUCGAAGCCAACGCCUACCAUGGAAACCCAGCCUAUUUUCGAUGGAGAAGAAAUCACAGCACCUACCCUUUGGAUUAAGCACUUGGUCAUCAAAGAUUCCAAAAUGAACAGCUCUAAUAUAAGGAAUUCAGAAAAAGUUCACUCCUGUGACCAGGAGAGGCAGAGCGCCUUGGAGGAGGCCAGGCAGAACCCCCGGGAAGGUAUCGUCAUCCCCGAGUGCGCUCCUGGAGGACUUUACAAACCAGUGCAAUGCCACCAGUCAACUGGGUACUGCUGGUGUGUCCUGGUGGACACGGGACGUCCCCUGCCUGGUACUUCCACACGGUAUGAGACCCCAGUUUGUGAAAGCGAUGCCAGAUCGAAGAGCACAGAGAUUGAUGAUCCCUUCAAGGACAGAGAACUUCCAGGCUGCCCAGAAGGGAAGAAAGUUGAAUUUAUUACCAGUUUACUUGAUGCUCUGACUACGGACAUGGUACAGGCUAUUAACUCAGCAGCACCUACUGGGGGUGGGAGGUUCUCUGAGCCAGACCCCAGCCACACACUAGAGGAGCGAGUGGUACACUGGUAUUUCAGCCAGCUGGACAACAACAGCAGCAAUGACAUCAACAAGCGGGAGCUAAAGCCUUUCAAACGUUAUGUGAAGAAGAAAGCCAAGCCCAAGAAAUGUGCCCGGCGUUUCACUGACUACUGUGACCUCAACAAGGACAAGUCAAUCUCACUCCAGGAGCUGAAAGGGUGUUUGGGAGUCAGCAAGGAAGGAGGUAGCCUGAGCAGUUUGCCCAAUGGAAAAAGACAAGGCCUUAACCCUUUCAUAGGUCGCCUGGUGUAGCAGCAGAAGACAAGAAGGGAAGGCAGGAGCUGACCCAAAGGAAGAAAAGAUUCAGUGACAGACGGACAGACACCUCGCUGCUUGUGAGCAAGCACGCAGCAUCAGCAACAUCCAGCGUAGCAAAAGUGGCACCCAGAAUGUUUGCACUUUUUAAAAAUUGGUUUGGAUUUUUUAAAAUUGCUUUUCAAUGCCAUUAUCUAAUACUUUGGAAAGUGGAGGGAAGCAGGAUCAUGACUUUUUUAAAAUUGGAACAGCUACUGAUGAUGUAAAAUUGAGUUCACUGGGACUCAAAGAAUUUUAUAUACUGUAUAUAAAUAUGUAUGUAAAUUGUACAGUUGUCUUGUACAGGGGUUGGAGUCACUGUUCUGUUCCUCCCUUUGGUUUUGAAGGCUAUUAGAGUUAGAGGGACACUUUGCAUUUAGUGGAUUAUAGUAAUGCAUUCAUUUCUGCCACCAAACUGUCAUUCAGUGGUGAGCCUUAACAGCACCUCCAUGCAGAAAGGAACCAAUGUAUCAGCAUGAAUUGUUCUUGCAGAUGUGCACACAGUGUCCCAGAUACCAAAUACAUCUUGAGAGCAGCUGAACCCCUUUUUUUACCAUAAAGCUCUCUGCAACUCAGGCAAUUGGGCUUUUGAGAGCACAGAUUUCAUCUAAGUAUUGGUGCACUGCAAAGCUGCUUAAAGGAGGGAUAGAAAAGGAUUGUGUUAGGGAUGUACAAUAGUAGUGUGUGCACCUCUUGCAAGUUUGGCAGAAAUUAAAUACAAAUGCAUUGCUAUUCAUGCUUAGAUAACGUGCUUAGCAAAGAUUCUCCGUGCCUCUGGAAUCUAAAGCUGUAAGAAGGAUGUGGGAGCCAUAGGCCUAGUAGAGUCAGUGGAGUGAAGUCUUGCAUCUUCUGCUCUGACAGAGUGUUCAUCUCUAUGUUGUACAGCAAUAAACAUUUUGAGAAGCCUGCUAAAAGCAGCAUGAGCCUGCCUUGUGCUUUGCUGAAGAGCAAAGGACAUACUUGUCAGUGCAGACAGACACAGUCAUGCUGCUGUCCCCAAGAGUCUGCCUUACUUGUGUUUCAACAGUACAGCUUGGGCCAUGCUCACUGGUGAAGAAGGUCUGUCAGCAGUGACUUUCUUGUCAUUGGUGGUUGUGAAUCCAAGCUCUCCUCCUGCACAGUGGUGUGCCUGCCCACUUUGCCAGAUUUGCUGUUGCCAGUACCUCCUGGGUGCUGUGACACUGGGGUGUGAUUAGCAGUAAUAGUGAGGAGUCUGGUGUUCUUGGAGGCCACAGGGGCUGUGUCAACCACUAGCAGUUUUACCAGAGUUGUUUCUUUGGCAGGGGUGCUCAAAUCAGCAAUUCUAGAUUUGGGUAGAAUGUGAUGGGACACGCAGAGUUUUGCUUUGUGUAUUUCCAACCACUGGCAGCACUUGCCUGUUCUGAGCAGCCUCCCACUUCUGACCUCGUGAUCCUUCUGCCACUUAUCUCUGGACCAAGAACCUGUUAGAAGAAACUGUAGUGAAGGUGAUGAAAUGAUAUGCUAAUAUGAGAUCACACCGACAAUUACUUAUAACAACAAUAGGUAACUGUAGAGACUGGACUCAUCCUUCAAGGCUCUGUUGCUUUGGUAAAAAAUGAUACAAUGCAGCAUCUUCACGCUGUCAUGUCAUCAUGACAGUCGCAUGAGAUAAAUACAUCACCAAAAAAAAGUGUCCUGAUGCAGUAAGUUAGUGCUUGUUGACAAAACAGAAAGUUAAAUAAAAGAAAAACUAACAAGCCUUUCUAUAAAUAACUGUUUAAGAGUAGUAAUAACUCUUCCUCUGGGAAGUAUAUUGGAGCUCAUUAAAACAUAUGGCAUGGUUGAAAACACUUCUGGUAAUAUCUGAAAUAUACAUCAUACCAUCAUAAUAUAAAGAAGUCAUCUCUUUAGCAAGAGCAGAUCCUGCUGCUGGAUCUUCAUGGUUUCUCACAUACAAUGUAUGUGCUUUUUUGGCCUGCAAGCUCCCACCUUCUUGAUUGCUUCUUCUCAUGUUUUUAGUUGGGUUUUUUUGUUUGUUUGUUUGUUUGUUUGGGUUUUUUGGGGGCGGGGGAGGUUGUUUUGUUUUGUUUUAAUGCCCUGGGCACAUCUUUUGUGUGUUGAAAUAAUUUGGUUUAGUGUAUAGUUAGAAAUGUCCAUGCCACACUUACUAAUCUUAUUGUAGGGAGUAAAGAAUGAAACCAACUGUAUUAAAAAACUCCUCUCCAUUUUAAUAUUCUAGUUUUAGGAAUUAAAAAUUCUGGCUGCUGGGUUGGAUGGUGAUUGGUGGUUUGGAAUUUUUGGGGUUUUUUGGGGGUGGGAUUUUUCUUUGGUUGGUUGGUUUUUUUUUUUUAAUGUAUAGUUCUAUCCAGCAGAAACGGACAAUUUGAUGCCUCUAGGAAUUUUAUCAGCCAAGCACUGGGGCUGGGAAAUGCCCCACAAAAUUGUGGGGGUACUGCGGAGCUGCUAAAACUCACUGCAUCUUCUUCUGGAAAUAAACCAGCCAGUCACCACUCCUGCUUGUUAUAUAAAUCCUUCUGCUGACCUCCUUUUUCUCAGCCUUGUGUCCUUCCCCUCCAAAAGGCCUGCAUUCACAUGUGGUUUGCAACUAAAAUUGGGUCAGUUCUUCAAGGAAGGCAUCCAGGGGUGGCUGUUGGUUAUCUUUGGUAUUUGUGGGUAUUCCUGUUGCUAGGCCAGGGCUGACUUUAUGGAUGGAUUGGGGACCAGGCAUUACAUUGCUUUCCUCUGUCACAAGACAAUUCCAAGUCCCUGCAUCCUGACUUGCUGAAUUUGUGUGGGUCUCUGAGCAGCUUCUGGCAACACUUGUACACUGCCAUGGAAGGCCCAACCAGCAUGAUUGUGUAAUGUCCAGGUAGAGGUCAGGUUACUUGUUCUGGGUUUGUGUCGGAGGAUUGUGCAGACCCUACUGGUCCUGAUUCACAUAUCCCAUGCUAUGAGCUGUCUGACAACCUGUACUCAUCAGAUUAGAGCAGUGCCUCAGCUGCCCAAUUUCCCUCUUGGUUUUAUUGCCAGUCCACCUGGCUGCUAGGCCAAAUUGUCCUUACCUGGUGGUUGUAAGCAGUCUUUUGCUCUGCCUUGCAUCAGGAACAUCUUUCUGAAGCUGGGACAUAGGGAGUGUCAGUGUUGUGUCUGAAAGCAGACCCUGGGUAUGUGUCUCCUCAUCCUUCAAGUCCUCCUGGGCCUUUCCAGCUCUGCUUUGAAUGGCGGCUAAAAAUGGCUGGGACAGAGAAGAGAACCAGAACUCGACAGUGCAAGUCAUCUGUUCGUCCUGCCAGAAGUAAAAAAUCUUUCUUUCUUGCUGAUCUUCCAAGGGCACAGUGUGUUGUAGGAAAUUGCAUUGCAGUGGGAUUCAUUUGUGUGAAGGUGCUGCUUUCCAUGGCCUGAGUUUAUAUUGAACUUACCCUGCCCCAGCAUAUUUCUGCCUAUGGCAAAUUUGUUAAACUGAAAGGCAUCUGUUUGGUUUUGGUUUUGUAAUAAAAUAGAUAACUUUUG